GUCGACCGGGCCUGGAUGUCGCUCGGCUGGGUUCCCCCCGUCAAGUGUUCGCCAGAAGCCUUCCUCUGUAGUCAUCGCUUCUCGUGCCAAUACGACCAAACACGACAUCCUGUGGCGUGCUGUACGACAUCUGGCGCUCUUGUCGUUGAAGGUGAACGUGAAUCAGGAGGUCCAUCAAUCAGGCAUAUAGGGGCUACUGAGGUCACCACCACCACCUUCCCCGUCAGCGCCUACUACAGGAGUCUCACACCGCCAUGCCCAGCGAGAGUAGGUCCACCAAUGCAGUUAGGUGAAGUUGAUGGACGUAUAUGUAUCAUGCUACAGCACGAAUGGUAUAUGGGGCCCCCAUGGGGUGGCUCCUGGGUGUCCCAGGGGUUACUCUGCCUCUUAGAAGUGCAGGGACCCCUGCUGUCCCCUGGGAGGGACUCAGGGGAGACCCGCUUAUCCUGGGGAGGGUCCCUAGGGGCACCACACCUGGGGAAGGGCCCUAGCAAGUGCGGCUCCUGGGGUGUCCCAGGGACCUCGCCACCUCUUAGAGGGUCCCAGGGACCCCUGCCAUCCCUGGGAGGGAGCCAGAGAGCCCCGCCUAUCCUGGGAGGGUCCCUAGGGGCACCACCUCACCUGGGAAGGUACCAGGGGCACCCAGUAACCCCUGGGAAGGUCCCUGGUACACCCAACGCUUCUGAGAGGGUUUCACGGGUCCUGCCGCCCCUAGGAUGGUUCCUGGGGCCCCCGCCGUCCGUAGGAGGAUUCCAAGGAGCGUUGCCGUCCCUCGAUGGCAAGUGCGGCUCCUGGGGUGUCCCAGGGACCUCGCCACCUCUUAGAGGGUCCCAAGGGCCCCUGCCAUCCCUGGGAGGGACUCAGGGAGACCCGCCUAUCCAGGGAGGAUCCCUAGGGGCACCAACACACCUGGGAAGGUACCAGGGGCCCCCACCAACCCCUGGGAAGGUCCCUGGUACACCCGACGCUUCUGGAAGGGUUGCAUGGGCCCUGCCUCCCGUAGGAGGGUUCCUGGGGUCCACGCCAUCCGUGGGAGGGUUCCAGGAGGCGCUGGCAUCCCUCGGAGGCAAGUGCGGCUCCUGGGGUGUCCCAGGGACCUCGCCACCUCUUAGAGGGUCCCAGGGACCCCUGCCAUCCCUGGGAGGGAGCCAGAGAGCCCCGCCUAUCCUGGGAGGGUCCCUAGGGGCACCACCACACCUGGGAAGGUACCAGGGGCACCCAGUAACCCCUGGGAAGGUCCCUGGUACACCCGACGCUUCUGGAAGGGUUGCAUGGGCCCUGCCGCCCCUAGGAGGGUUCCUGGGGACCACGCCAUCCGUGGGAGGAUUCCAGGAAGCGCUGCCGUCCCUCGGAGGCAAGUGCGGCUCCUGGGGUGUCCCAGGGACCUCGCCACCUCUUAGAGGGUCCCAGGGACCCCUGCCAUCCCUGGGAGGGACUCAGGGAGACCCACCUAUCCUGGGAGGGUCCCUAGGGGCACCACCACACCUGGGAAGGUACCAGGGGCACCCAGUAAACCCUGGGAAGGUCCCUGGUACACCCAACGCUUCUGAGAGGGUUUCACGGGUCCUGCCGCCCCUAGGAUGGUUCCUGGGGCCCCCGCCGUCCGUAGGAGGAUUCCAAGGAGCGUUGCCGUCCCUCGGAGGCAAGUGCGGCUCCUGGGGUGUCCCAGGGACCUCGCCACCUCUUAGAGGGUCCCAAGGGCCCCUGCCAUCCCUGGGAGGGACUCAGGGAGACCCGCCUAUCCAGGGAGGAUCCCUAGGGGCACCAACACACCUGGGAAGGUACCAGGGGCCCCCACCAACCCCUGGGAAGGUCCCUGGUACACCCGACGCUUCUGGAAGGGUUGCAUGGGCCCUGCCUCCCGUAGGAGGGUUCCUGGGGUCCACGCCAUCCGUGGGAGGGUUCCAGGAGGCGCUGGCAUCCCUCGGAGGCAAGUGCGGCUCCUGGGGUGUCCCAGGGACCUCGCCACCUCUUAGAGGGUCCCAGGGACCCCUGCCAUCCCUGGGAGGGAGCCAGAGAGCCCCGCCUAUCCUGGGAGGGUCCCUAGGGGCACCACCACACCUGGGAAGGUACCAGGGGCACCCAGUAACCCCUGGGAAGGUCCCUGGUACACCCAACGCUUCUGAGAGGGUUUCACGGGUCCUGCCGCCCCUAGGAUGGUUCCUGGGGCCCCCGCCGUCCGUAGGAGGAUUCCAAGGAGCGUUGCCGUCCCUCGGAGGCAAGUGCGGCUCCUGGGGUGUCCCAGGGACCUCGCCACCUCUUAGAGGGUCCCAGGGACCACUGCCAUCCAUGGGAGGGACUCAGGGAGACCCGCCUAUCCAGGGAGGAUCCCUAGGGGCACCAACACACCUGGGAAGGUACCAGGGGCCCCCACCAACCCCUGGGAAGGUCCCUGGUACACCCGACGCUUCUGGAAGGGUUGCAUGGGCCCUGCCGCCCCUAGGAGGGUUACUGGGGACCACGCCAUCCGUGGGAGGAUUCCAGGAAGCGCUGCCGUCCCUCCGAGGCAAGUGCGGCUCCUGGGGUGUCCCAGGGACCUCGCCACCUCUUAGAGGGUCCCAAGGACCCCUGCCAUCCCUGGGAGGGACUCAGGGAGACCCGCCUAUCCAGGGAGGAUCCCUAGGGGCACCAACACACCUGGGAAGGUACCAGGGGCCCCCACCAACCCCUGGGAAGGUCCCUGGUACACCCGACGCUUCUGGAAGGGUUGCAUGGGCCCUGCCUCCCGUAGGAGGGUUCCUGGGGUCCACGCCAUCCGUGGGAGGGUUCCAGGAGGCGCUGGCAUCCCUCGGAGGCAAGUGCGGCUCCUGGGGUGUCCCAGGGACCUCGCCACCUCUUAGAGGGUCCCAGGGACCCCUGCCAUCCCUGGGAGGGAGCCAGAGAGCCCCGCCUAUCCUGGGAGGGUCCCUAGGGGCACCACCACACCUGGGAAGGUACCAGGGGCACCCAGUAACCCCUGGGAAGGUCCCUGGUACACCCAACGCUUCUGGAGGGUUUGCAUGGGCCCUGCCGCCCCUAGGAGGGUUCCUGGGGACCACGCCAUCCGUGGGAGGAUUCCAGGAAGCGCUGCCGUCCCUCGGAUGCAAGUGCGGCUCCUGGGGUGUCCCAGGGACCUCGCCACCUCUUAGAGGGUCCCAAGGGCCCCUGCCAUCCCUGGGAGGGACUCAGGGAGACCCGCCUAUCCAGGGAGGAUCCCUAGGGGCACCAACACACCUGGGAAGGUACCAGGGGCCCCCACCAACCCCUGGGAAGGUCCCUGGUACACCCGACGCUUCUGGAAGGGUUGCAUGGGCCCUGCCUCCCGUAGGAGGGUUCCUGGGGUCCACGCCAUCCGUGGGAGGGUUCCAGGAGGCGCUGGCAUCCCUCGGAGGCAAGUGCGGCUCCUGGGGAGUCCCAGGGACCUCGCCACCUCUUAGAGGGUCCCAGGGACCCCUGCCAUCCCUGGGAGGGACUCAGGGAGACCCGCUUAUCCUGGGAGGGUCCCUAGGGGCACCACCACACCUGGGAAGGUACCAGGGGCACCCAGUAACCCCUGGGAAGGUCCCUGGUACACCCAACGCUUCUGAGAGGGUUUCACGGGUCCUGCCGCCCCUAGGAUGGUUCCUGGGGCCCCCGCCGUCCGUAGGAGGAAUCCAAGGAGCGUUGCCGUCCCUCGGAGGCAAGUGCGGCUCCUGGGGUGUCCCAGGGACCUCGCCACCUCUUAGAGGGUCCCAGGGACCCCUGCCAUCCCUGGGAGGGAGCCAGAGAGCCCCGCCUAUCCUGGGAGGGUCCCUAGGGGCACCAACACACCUGGGAAGGUACCAGGGGCAUCCAGUAACCCCUGGGAAGGUCCCUGGUACACCCGACGCUUCUGGAAGGGAUGCAUGGGCCCUGCCGCCCCUAGGAGGGUUUCUGGGGACCACGCCAUCCGUGGGAGGAUUCCAGGAAGCGCUGCCGUCCCUCGGAGGUUAA